UUUCUUCAUAAACGAAAGCGUGGACGUAAGGACGAUUCAAGAUGAAGGUGCUGCAUCUCUUAUUAUUUUUGUACGCGGUGUCUAAUACGACAUUAGCGUCAGACGACUGUGCCGUCUGCGUCGGCGUGAGUUUGGGGAUGGUUGCGUUAAUAACUCCUUUCUUAAUAAUUGCUAUGGAUCCUUUGCUGCCUUUUGAUUCUAAGCGUUUGAAGGCGGAUUUAAGAGACUCUCUCUUCGGGCAGCAUAUCGCGACUGAUGUCGUGCUGAAAGCUGUAUCGACAUUCAUGACUGACAAAAACCCGAACAAACCUCUGGUCCUCUCUUUUCACGGAACUACAGGAACUGGAAAAAACCACGUUGCUGAAAUCAUCGCAAGAAACAUUUACAAACAAGGAUACCGGUGUGGGCAUGUUCACAUAUAUAUAUCUGAGCAUCACUUCCCUCACAAAGAACACACACAUAUCUACAGCGCAAAUCUAAAGAAAUCGAUUCCUCAAGCGGUAUAUUGGUUUCCCCGCUCCAUGUUCAUAUUCGAUGAAGCGGACAAGAUGGAUCCACAGCUGAUUGAUGCCAUAAAACCUUUUCUGGACUACAAUGCCCGCGUAGAUGGAGUGUCAUUCAACAAAGCGAUUUUCAUUUUUCUCAGUAAUGCAGGUGGGAAUGUGAUUGCUGACGUGGCUCUGGAUUUCUGGAGAGAAGGAAAAGAUAGGAAAGAAAUCAGGAUGAACAGCAAGGAGCUGGAGUUCAAGAUCUCUAAAAAUAAUGGCCACUAUCCACGAGCAUUACCGAGCUUGGAAGAGCCAGGAUAAAUCUCUGCCUGUGUUCGCCUGAAAGAAGAAAGUCACAUACACCUAGGC